AUGCAAAAGUCUUCCAACCUUAAAAAACCAUCCCGAGGCCAUUUGUUGUAUAAAGAUGAAAGAAUUGAAUCAAAGGAAAUUAUUGAGGUGGAAAAAACAUCCUCACUGGAUGAACCUCAAAAAGUAAGGGAUUCAGCUCAAGAAAACUCUCUAAAGCAGGGAAUAAACGAAGAAGAUGAGUCAGAAUUUUGGAAGAGAAUGUCCAGUAGUGCAGAAGAAUAUUCAACCAUUCAUCACAUGGUUCCGAGAUCCAGUAAAUCUCAACAACAAUCUCCUAACAAGGAACAACCAUCCAACUCAUCUACUGGAGUACAGGGUUAUGGGAUGAGAACAAAAUCCUCAAAGGAGGAUGAAAAUCAUGACUUUGAGCCUAAGUCGUUCGUACAACAAAACAAAAGUAACAACACCCCUUCUCCCGAGCAAAAUCGAGAGGGUGUAGGGAACGAAGGAUAUCGGAAAUCUAUGAGGGGAUCGGACGAAAUUGAUGCCAAAUUAAGCGUUAUAAGGGAGAGAGUAAUGAGAAGACUCUCUCCUGCAAGGACUUCAGACCGAAACGAGAGCACAUCAACAACGUCAUCUCCAACUCGGGGUGUCCAUUCGCAAUCUGUAUUAUUAAGCAAUAACAUACGUGGUAACUUGGCAAACAGCAACAGCGGCGCAAUUGAUUUACAAAAUGACUUGGAAAAACAACGACUCCGAUUUAUGGUCAUUAAAUUGCAAAAAGAAUAUCAAAAUACAAGAAUAAGAGAAAGGAGAGCCACAUCACUUGCUAGAACCUACUCUGAAAUUGUUGCCAAACACCAAAAUUAUGUGAAUAAUUUGAAAAGGAAAUAUUUAGAAAAGGAAAGAGAAAUUAUUGAACUGAAAGACACAAUAGAAGAAUUAAAUGGAGCUCUUCAGCGAUGUCAACUGUCGACCCAAGCUAAAAAUUCCACAAAAUCGUUAAUUGACAAGAUUUCAUCUAAUUUUGACACUAUUUUAGAAGCAAUCACUUCAAAGAAAGAACUGCUUCAAGUCAUUGAGGAACAAAAAGAAGAACUUUCUCAAAGCUCUUUAAUUAUUAAGAAAUUAUUCACCCAACAGUUCUUGGAGGAGUAA